CACAAGCUAACGCUAGCUAGCAAGCUGUCAAGUGGAGAGGCUGGGGCAGACGGUUCAGCUUCCCUCCCUGGCUUGGCCGUACACAGAUUCUCCCCCUCAGAAACACAAGAGCUGAGCUUAUUCUUUUGCUCACCAGUUGAGAUAAUGUAAUGCAAAACGGAAGCGCGUAAAGAGGGAGCACAGUUCCAGAGUUUAUAUGCACUGAGUGUUGAGUGACGACAGUUCACUGCUAGCUGUAGGCUAGUUAGCUUAGCCACCGCUAUCCCUUACAUUUCUUCGUUGAACACCUUCUGGUGGUAACUGCGGACACCCAGUCCCUGUUGCACAUUGCGUUGCUGUCAUCCGAUAUUUUGGUUGUUUGGCUGUUAGAGGGAGACAAUGGGGGCAUUUCUGGACAAACCAAAGAUGGAAAAAUACAAUUCCCAUGGUGAGGGUAAUAACCUGAGGUAUGGGCUUAGCAGCAUGCAGGGGUGGCGGGUUGAGAUGGAAGAUGCACACACAGCAGUGAUUGGUCUGCCUCAUGGUCUUGAGCCCUGGUCCUUCUUUGCUGUUUAUGAUGGGCAUGCUGGCUCUCAGGUGGCUAAGUACUGCUGUGAGCACCUGCUGGAACACAUCACUACCAACUCAGACUUCCAGAGUGCUAUACAGGAGGACACCAAUGUGGAUAGCGUGAAGAUUGGGAUCCGCACAGGAUUCUUGCAGAUUGACGAACACAUGCGAACCAUCUCGGAGAAGAAGCAUGGUGUGGACCGCAGCGGCUCCACAGCAGUAGGGGUGAUGAUAUCUCCAAGCCAUAUCUACUUUAUCAACUGUGGAGACUCGCGGGGUCUCCUCAGCAGGGGAGGAGCUGUACACUUCUUCACACAAGAUCACAAACCGAGCAACCCACUGGAGAAGGAAAGGAUCCAGAAUGCCGGUGGCUCAGUCAUGAUCCAGCGAGUAAAUGGCUCUCUUGCUGUGUCUAGAGCUCUGGGUGACUUCGACUACAAGUGUGUCCAUGGAAAAGGCCCAACGGAGCAGCUAGUUUCUCCAGAGCCUGAAGUGUAUGCGAUAGAAAGAAGCGAGGGGGAGGAUGAAUUUAUUAUUCUUGCUUGUGAUGGCAUCUGGGAUGUAAUGGCCAACGAGGAACUCUGUGACUUUGUGAGGUCAAGGCUGGAGGUUACAGAUGAUCUUGAAAAAGUCAGCAAUGAAAUUGUUGACACUUGCUUAUACAAGGGAAGCCGGGACAAUAUGAGUGUUGUGUUAAUCUGCUUUCCUGGGGCCCCAAAGGUAUCUCCAGAAGCUAUGAAACGUGAGGCUGAGCUGGACAAAUAUCUUGAAGCCAGAGUAGAAGAGAUAAUCAAAAAGCAGGGAGAUGAAGGUGUCCCAGAUUUGGUCCAUGUUAUGCGGACGUUAGCAUCUGAGAGCAUCCCAAACCUUCCUCCUGGUGGAGAGCUGGCCAGCAAACGAAGCGUUAUUGAGACAGUGUACAACAAACUUAACCCGUACCGAACUGAUGACACUGACUCGGCAUCUACAGACGACAUGUGGUAACACACCAUCCUACCACUAACACAACAUAGAGUUUACAAACCACCAUCCUCUCAAGACCCACAGCAGCUCAGCUCAGCAGUCUGUCUCUCCGUCACUCUGAGCUUUUGGUUUCAAAGAAGGGAAUACAUGGGAAGAGGAGGAGGAG